GGUAAUAUAGUACAACUACUCUGCCUCGCUGCUAGUUAGUCUGAACGGUUCUGCUAAGCAAGUCUCAAGGACAAACCAUGCAUUCGAGAUAGAGAUUCCCCAUCAAAUGCAAAGGAAAGACAAUGCAUUGGGAUAAAAGAAGGGAUUUGUAAAUGCUUUGUUGAAAAAGUGGGUGUUUGUCUAGAUAUAUCCUGGCUGGAAACCUUGGAAUGAAAGACUUUUCCUGUCGAAGCAUUCUUCUUUUUUAUCCUGAGAGAGAACAACAGGUGUUUCUCAUUUGUUUUCUGCGAAGCGUGACCUUGCUGUGGUGACCCCUUCUGGGGUUUAUUUGUUGACAGUUUCCCGACAACAAGAGGAAUAACCCUAACAAACUGUUAUAUCAGUAAGACAAUUUUCAACACAAAGUGGAGUGACAUUCUCUUGGCCCAUAGCCAGGAAUGGUGGAUAACGUCCUAGUGAGCGGCGAGGAGACUUUCUUAACUUACGAUAGCGCCCCUUCGGUAUAUCACCUGUCGGACAUGGUGACGGAUGCAGGGACCUACCAGGUGAUGCCCUCGCCCUUCUCCGAGGACGACAUGAGCGAGUCGUCAAGCCCUCGCUCCUGUUCUAGCCCCGACUCCCAAGUGCUCAGCUCCAGCUAUGGCAGCAGCUCCAGCGCCGAGAGUUCAGACAGCAUCCUGGACUUCCUGCUGUCCCAGACCUCCCUAGGCGGAGCAGGGACUGCAGCGGCCAUCCCCAUGUCACUGCCCACCUCUCUGUGGGACUCACAGAGGGAUGAGCCGUCACCCCCCCACCCAGAGGCCUUGAAGGAGGAGAGUGUGGACUUCUCUGUCUGGUCCUUGGUGGACAUGGAGCAGCCAUUCUUCCAGCCCACCUUGGAGGAGAUAGAGGAGUUCCUGGAGGAGAACAUGGAGGUGGUGUCAUCCAUGAAGCAGGAGGCCUGGGAGGGGGCGCUGGGGCUGGGUCUGGAGGAGAUCAUGGGGCUGGGGGUGGGACUGGAGGUGUAUACGGAGUCCUCAUCCCCAGGGCCAAGGCUGGAGCCCGAGGCCAAGCAUUCAGACCAAACUGUGUUUACCGAGAAUGCCGCCACCACCACCGAGACCAAAAGCACACCGGCCUCGCCGGCACAGGAGUCCAUAGCAGGUCUGCAUGACGACAGGUCCAAGAGUGAUUCAUUAUCCAGCAGGCUUGGGACAACAGAGAGCGUUGCAAACCGUGGCAGCAGUGGAAUGCCGGUCAUCCUGCAGAUCCAGCCCAUGCAGAUCAAAAAGGAACCCAGUUCCACGGCUCCUCAUCAUCCUCCCCAAGUCGUCCAGCCUCCCCCUCAGCCGGCAUCAGACAUCAAAAUUGCCCAGCUGCUGGUCAACAUCCAGGGACAGACCUUCGCCCUGGUGCCCCAGCUGCUGCCCUCCACCAGCCUUAAUGUCUCCUCCAAGUUUGUGCGUAUCGCUCCAGUGCCCAUUGCAGCCAAGCCCCUGGGCCUCGGGGAGGUGCUGGUUGGGGUCCAGGGCCAAGGGCUCCAUGUGGGGGGUCAUCAGUUUCAGAAGAACCCUGUGGCGGACCUCAUCAAAAUGCACAAAUGCACUUUCCCCAGCUGUACCAAGAUGUACACCAAGAGCAGCCACCUGAAAGCCCACCUCCGGAGACACACAGGGGAGAAGCCCUUCGCCUGCACCUGGCCAGGCUGUGGAUGGAGGUUCUCGAGGUCAGAUGAGCUGUCACGACAUCGGCGGUCCCACUCAGGGAUCAAGCCCUACCAGUGUCCAGUGUGUGAGAAGAAAUUUGCCCGCAGUGACCAUCUGUCAAAACACAUCAAAGUCCACCGCUUUCCACGAAGCCGGACACUGCGCACAGCAAACUGACCACACCGGAUCACUCUUCAGUGGACAUAGGCCAAAGGAGCACGAAAUGUGUGUGUCUGUGAGAUGGAAUUUGUGUGAAUGUGUUUGUGUUAGAGUGUGGUAUGACUUACGGGGAGAGAGAGAGAAAAAGAGCAAGAGAGAGAGCGCAAGAGAGAGAGCGCGAGAGAGCGAUGGAGAUGGAAGAUUUAUGUGUGUACCUUGUCUUUUAGAGAGAUCUAUAACAGGGGUCUUGUGCUAUAAUUUAUUGUUGAAAGCAAAACCAACACAUGACACUUACCAUCUUCUCAGUAAUCAACGUUUCUUGAGAUUCUUGUUAUUGUUGGUAUUUUGUAUGUUGUACUCUUUUUAUUUGUUUUUCUGUUCAGUCUUUAUUUUCUUUUUCAAUGAAAGAUUGUUUUCAUUUGAGAUGAAAUGUAUUAAUUGCUUAAGUAAUAGCCUUGUGUUUCUAUUUUACCUGGAUAUGACUGCCUUUUACCUUUUUAAGAAGUGCCAAUGUCUUUGACAUUCCUCAUCCAAGUCAGGUUGAAGUUUGCCCGGAAAAGUUCUCCUUGUUUUUUGCCUUGUCACUCAUAGCUCAUUGACAGAGGGUAAAGAAUAACUUACUCAUUCAUCACACUGUUUGUUCAAAGGGAGGGGCAGAGCUUAUUGUCAAUUCUGUACAUAAACUACUGAUAACAAAUAUGAACACGUCGCUAUAAGCUACUGGGACUCUUCUCAAGUUCCAGAAAAACUUCACUGGCUCAGAUUCUGAGACAAGGCGGGUGAAAGAAAAGAAUGGAACAAAGAAAGAAUUGCGCACAUUUAUGAUUGUUGAUUGUUUUAUGUGUAAAAAAAGCCUUCCAAUCAGUGUUAGAUUUUGUAUUCAGCUUUUUAUUCUAAACUCAUGUUGUGUAUUUGUUGGUCUUUUUCGUGUCAGUGGCUCAAGUCGUUUGUAAGACACUUGUCUGGCCUUAACCCACCACAGCAUCCUUACCAGGGGGGCAAAAUGGUAAAAUAACAUAUUCAUCGCAGGCAUGUUUCAUGGAAUAAUGAUGAUAUGGUUUGAGAGCAUGAGGAAAGGGAAUUGGAAAUGCAUAAUCCUUGAAUCGUGUCCAUGGAAUUGAAUCUCAAUGAGCUUUUUCUCUCCUUUUUGCUGUUGACACAAAAUCUGCCUCAAACCAGCUCCCCAAUCUGAUCUGUUACUGGAAUACCCCACAAGCUCUUGCCCUCACACGGUUAUGUUGGAGUGAGGUUAUCAUGUAUGUGGAUACCACUACAUCACGGUGCUGAACAACCGGAAGAACUGCCUUCUGGAAACUGUUGUCACAACACACUUAUUGAGGCCAUGGCACAGUUGUCAUUAUUCUUCAUGUCCUGUUUGAUCUUGAGACUUGUUUGUUAAGUAUGCCACGCCCUGUUGUGAAUGUACGGUGUGUGCGACACCAUCCAUGCAUAGUUAAUGUAAUGUUCGCAGAUGAAAAAGCAGGGGUACAUUAUAUUGUACAGAAUUCCUUUCAUUCAAUUUUUGAAUUUUUAAUGCUUGUUUAAACACAGGUGUUUUAUCGCAUCCUAUGAAUGCAUGUGAAUAUGCAGGAGUGUACAUAGCUACACAGAAGACUAUUGUAAUAACAUAUCUUAAGGCCAAGAUUCAGGACUCUAUUCAACCUGUAAAACUGAAGCGUCAUUUCCGAUUGAGCUGACAUAUGCAGUGUUUACCGUGAAUCCAGUCUCUGCUAAACAGGAACCUUGCCUUUAAAUGUAAAUCACUCUGUAAAGCUGAACUUCUGCGAUGGGGAUUGAAUAGAGCCCUCAAUCAGAUCAAGCGUUACUCGGCGAUAGCCGACACCUGCAUAGCUGAUGUUUUGGCGUUGUCUGAACUGCGUUUGAGCGGUCAAAUCAUUGAGCAGCUGCUCUUAUCUUUUUCAUGAAGCCACACCCAUCCCACUUGCAUUAGAAGUUCAGAACGAGAAAGUGUAGGCUAUAUAGAAAUAAUGAUGCUCAAAUUGAAAAUCAUUCAACAAAAUAUUAAGGAUUUCUAUCAGCCUAAUGGAGGUGUAGAUUCCAUCUCACAUUCCAGUGUUCCAACUUGUAAACAAGGCUGCAUGAUAUUUCUGUUAAUGCGACUCCAUGCAGCCAAUGGCAAUGUCCGCUUUAGGUAUAGUGCUUUAGCUGCUUGUGGAAUUGACAGCACUACCGCAGUUCCACCUCGGACACCAUCAAAACAUCAGCUAUGUGGAUGGUGGCUAAUCCGGAUCUGAUUGAAUCGGACCCUUAGUUUGUGGUGUAGAUUUCUAGUGUACGCCCUAAUCAUGUACAUAACAAAACAUUUCAGAACAUAUCAAUAUAUUAUAUAUUUUUUCUUUGUUCUACCCAAGAUGCAUUUACAAAUAAAAUUUUAAG